UGGUGUCCGUUUAAAGAGCAACGACGCGUUUUAUUUCCUUUUGGCUGCAACGAAUCUUCAAUUGCCGCUGGUGACAACGUAGAACACCAUGGGCAAUGCUGACACAAAGUUGAAUUUUCGGAAGGCUGUAGUGCAAUUAACAUCGAAAACUCAGGUGAUUGAUGCAUCAGACGACAUAUUUUGGGAUCAAUUCUGGUCUGAGAACGUAACCAAUGUUCAGGACAUCUUUACCCUGAUUCCGGCCCCAGAGAUUCGUGUGUUAAGAGAAGAGGCACCUUCUAACUUAGCUACAUUAUGCUACAAGGCAGUCGAGAAGUUAGUCAAGGCGGUGGAUAGUAGCUGCAGGACUCAACGGGAGCAUCAAACUGUUUUGAACUGCUGCCGAUUGUUGACACGCUUGUUACCCUACAUAUUCGAGGAUCCCGAUUGGAAAGGCUUCUUUUGGUCCAGUUUACCUGGCAAAGAUGAUGAGGAGAGCUUACCACUGGCACAUUCUUUGUUGAACGCGCUUUGUGAUCUAUUGUUUUGCCCUGACUUUACCGUAGCUGCAAACAGGAAAUCCGGUCCGGACAAAGCCGAUGAGUUGCAAUCAAUAGACAGCUGUGAAUAUAUAUGGGAAGCGGGAGUAGGCUUCGCGUAUUCGCCACCUAGGUAUCCCAUUCUAGAUACCAACCGCACGGAAUUGUUGAAGCUCUUGUUGACAUGCUUCAGCGAAACUAUGUAUAAUCCGCCAAUGGAUCUAUCAAUCACGCCGAACAGAUGGAUUCAACAUUUGACUAGCAGUGAAAACAGACACGCUUUACCUAUGUUCACAUCGCUUUUAAACACGGUAUGCGCAUACGAUCCCGUCGGAUAUGGAGUGCCAUACAAUCAUUUGCUAUUCACUGAUUCUUUAGAGCCGCUGGUCGAUGUCUCGUUGCAAAUCUUGAUUGUAACUUUAGAUCAUGACACUACUGGUGGAGUACCGUUGGAAGAGGGAGUAGUCGGAGAUAAUUUAUUCAUUAAUUAUUUGAGUCGAAUCCACCGCGAUGAAGAUUUCCAAUUUGUUCUAAAGGGUAUCACCAGAUUGUUGAAUAAUCCAUUAAUGCAAACAUAUCUACCAAACUCGACUAAAAAAGUGCAUUUUCAUCAAGAACUUCUAGUAUUCUUCUGGAAGAUGUGUGAUUACAACAAGAAAUUUUUGUAUUACGUGCUAAAGAGCUCGGAUGUUCUCGAGGUUCUCGUGCCGAUUCUUUAUCACUUAAACGACUCGCGUGCUGACCAAUCACGAGUUGGUUUAAUGCACAUCGGUGUAUUUAUUUUACUUCUUUUGAGUGGAGAACGCAAUUUCGGAGUGAGGUUAAAUAAACCAUAUACAGCUACAGUGCCUAUGGAUAUUCCUGUUUUUACAGGAACGCAUGCCGAUCUCUUAGUCACUGUAUUUCAUAAAAUCAUUACGACCGGUCAUCAAAGACUGCAACCGCUUUUCGACUGUCUACUAACGAUUCUAGUCAACGUGUCGCCGUACCUUAAAACACUAUCUAUGGUAGCCAGCACGAAAUUGUUACAUUUGUUGGAGGCAUUUAGUACGCCAUGGUUUCUUUUCUCAGCACCCACUAACCACCAUUUGGUGUUCUUUUUGCUCGAGAUCUUUAACAAUAUUAUUCAGUAUCAAUUUGACGGAAACAGUAAUUUAGUCUAUACUAUAAUACGCAAACGGCAAGUGUUCCAUGCUCUCGCGAAUCUGCCCAGUGAUUGCAACACGAUCGCGAAGUCUCUUAGUAAGAGACAGCGUCGUCAUAUGCCUGCGAGUACGUCUAAUGAGAAUGUCAGCGAAGCUGCGAUGGAAGGAUCGCAUCCCGCGCAACCUGCCGAACCCGGCACUUUGAAGGCAUCCUUAUUGGAUACUCCCGGUAUCGAAAAUAUGACGGAAAAAGAAUCUGCGCAUCCAUUGAGUCCAUCAGCCAGCGUUGACAUUAAUAAAUCUAUUAGUAAUCGAUCGGAGAGCAAGACGGAUAUCACAGAAGAAUCAAUGAACGCGACCAAGAAUUCCGUGGUACCGAAGGGUGGCAUUCGUGUGGCUGAGCAAGCGAGUACUAACAAUAUCAAUAACGUAAAUCAGUGGGUACCGUCUAGCGAUUGGGUAUAUCAGUGGAAGAGCAAACUUCCUCUGCAGACCAUCAUGCGACUGCUUCAGGUCCUUGUACCACAGGUUGAAAAAAUCUGCAUCGACAAAGGGCUGACAGACGAGAGCGAAAUCCUGAAGUUUCUGCAACACGGUACCCUUGUUGGGUUACUACCAGUGCCGCAUCCUAUUCUCAUCAGGCGAUAUCAGGCUAACGCCGGCACAACCGCGUGGUUUCGCACGUAUAUGUGGGGUGUUAUAUAUUUGAGAAACGUCGAACCACCCAUAUGGUACGAUACAGAUGUCAAACUAUUCGAGAUCCAAAGAGUUUAGAUAAUAAAGGUUCGUUAUCGUUCGCGCUUGAAAUACUGUUUUAUUGGCAGUGCGCAAGAAGAUGAGUCAUUGAACUCGUUAUUGUGUAUAAUAUCGUUCCUGAACAUUAUAAUAAUUUAAAUUGAAGGAUUCAGUGUGACAUUUUCGUAAGAAUUCGAGAAUAGUUUUCUCCGUUUUAAAAUAAACGUUAAAUUAUAUCAAUAAAAUAUAUCAAUUGAA